CUAAGCUAAUAUGAAUUCACGGUUGUGAAUGGUUGAGGUGUUUGUUUACGAGUGCUGAGGACUGAGUGUAUUUUUUUUUAAUAAUACGUGUACAUGGUUGAUUAUAACCCGCGUUAUAUGAAUUGGAAAAAUGAGUCAACCAAAGAAUAAGAAGUUUCAGUAUUCUCCCAGCAAAGUUAAAGAUGCUCUAAAGGCUGUUGAUGAGUGAAUGAAGGUUGCUACUGCAAGCAAGUUGUACAAAGUUCCAAGGACAACAUUAAGAAACAAAAUUUCUGGUGUAUCUCCAAAAGAAUCUACAGGGCACUGUGGUCCACAUUCUGUCUUAGGAGAACAAAUUGAAAAAAAAUUGGUGGACUGGGUUUUGGACUGUUCUAGCAUGGGAUUUCCAGUUACUAAAGAAAAUGUCUGUGCAUCUGUGCAAAAACUUAUUGAGAAUGCAGAUAUGGAAAGUUGUAAGGCUACAUUUACUAACAAUCGACCUGGAAAAAGUGGUAUUAUGGAUUUCUUAAGAGGCACAAGGUUCUGUCACAAAAACAUGCAGAAUAUGUCAAUAGGGCUAGAGGUUCUGUUACAGAAGAGAAAAUAAGAAACUGGUUUCACGAAGUAUCCAUCACUUUAAAUGAUAUGGAUGUGUUAAAUGACCCAAAUAGAAUUUUUAAUAUGGAUGAAACUUCUUUUUUUCUGGCUCCUAAAGGGGAAUUAAUCAUAGGUCCUCGUGGCCAUCAUGUUUAUGAUAAGUCAUGUAACUCUGACAAAGAUAAUGUUACUACAUUGUUUGCAGUGAAUGCUGCUGGAAAAUUUGCUCCUCCCUUAACACUGUUCAAAUAUGCAAGGAUUCCAGCAUCAUUGGUGAAAGCAGCUCCUCCAAACUGGGGCAUUGGAAAAACAGAAAAUGGGUGGAUGACAGGUGAAAGUUUUUUUGAGUAUAUAACAAAUGUAUUUGAUCCGUUUUUGAAAGAAGCUGAAAUUCCCCGGCCUGUAGUAAUAUUUUUAGAUGGGCACUGCUCUCAGUUGACACUUCAUUUGAGCAGAUAUUGUAGGGAAAAUCAGAUCAUUCUAGUUGCUCUCCAUCCCAAUUCUACACACAUCUUGCAACCAUUAGAUGUAUCUGUCUUUGGACCUAUGAAAAAAAUGUGAAGAUUGUUCAGAAAUGGCGUUUUGAAAAUAAUGGCACUGAAAUUUCAAAAUCUGAUGUACAUUCUGUUCUGUCACAAAUUAUUACAGAACCUAAAAUGGUGGCAAAUAUUCGUGCUGGUUUCAGGGCCACUGGUCUGUUUCCAUUUAAUGUGAACAAUGUAGAUUACAGCAAGAUAGUUGUUCGUAGUAUACCAGCCUCAACCACAGUUCAGACAAAUGAGGAACUUCCGAGACAUUUCUCAUACAUUGAUCCUGUCCUAGAUGAGUUCAGAGCAACCAAGAGAAGCAAUCAUGAGUGGGAAGGAAAUCAAGAAGCAUUAUUACUUUUCAAGUUCUGGAGAAAAAUAGCUGAUGAGGUUGAAAUGCAUGGUGCUAGUGGUAACACUGAUGACAUUCUGACAGAUAGCAUAGCGCCUCCCUCUGAAGAUAAUCAAACAGAGAAUGUUUCACAAAACACAGACAGACUUAAUCAAAAUGUUGAUAAUAUUGACAUAUUUUCAACACGCAAUUCAGAUAUUCCUUCAACACCCACCAACAGUCUUAUUCCUGCAGAUAUAUCAACAACCCCCAACAGUAUUUCACAUAAUUCAGGUACUCCAAUAUCCAACCAUAGUCCAUCUUCAGUGUGUAUCCAAGUGACACCACCAAAAUCAUUAGCAACAGUUUUUGAAAGUGUCAUCACUUGGCCAGAACCCAAACAACGAGGCACAAAGAGAAAGAAAGAACAUACACCCACUGCUGUGACUAGUGACAAGUGGGUGGAAUGUCAUGAACUGAAGGAAAAAGAGAAGCAGGAGAAGGAGCAGGAAAAAAGGAAGAGGAAAGCUAUGAAGGAGUUAAAGUCCAAAGAGCAGCACUUGGCAUUAUCUCAUGUAAAAAAAGGGGAAAACAAGAAACAGACAAGAGUUAAGUGAUAGGCCAACAAGUUCUUCCGAGGAAUGAGAAUGGACGGACAAUGGAAGCAAUUUCGAUGACUACGUAGAAGGAGAUGAAGAUGAAAUACCAGAAAAUGUGAAACUAUCUUCGAGUGAGAAUUUGAAAGUAGGGGACUUUAUUUUGGUAAAAUUUAGUUUAACAGGAAAUAGAAGAACAAGACCUGCAAUUUUUAAGUAUGUAUCUGUAAUUUUGAAAGUGCUUUCUGACUCUGAAUAUGGAAUUCAGUGCCUAAAAAGUUCUAAUGUUCAGAAAACUUGUUUCGAAUACAUUGAAAAUGAUGUUUCGACUAUAACGGGUGAAGAUAUUAUAGGGAAACUGCCAGAUCCAGUCUAGGGUUAACAUGGCCAAAACUGGGGAAAUGCGCCAUUUAUUUUUCAAUAUUUUUUUCUGCUUUUGUUAAAUAACUUAGAAUAUUUGUUUUUACAUGGUUGUAAUGUGUAGACUUUGAAGCAAUAGAUACGAUUUUUUGAAGUAAUUUGUAUACUUUCUUCCUAUACUAAAAAUGUGGUGUAUCUCAAAUUGCCCUUAAUGUGGCCAUAACUGGGGCCUCA